CGUGUGAUAUUGGAUGGAUUGCUUAGUGUUAUUGUUGUCAGUGCAGUUCUCGCAGAAAUGGCGGCGAGUCAGGGAGGAGGAGGAGGUGGAGGACCAGUACAUCCUUCUCAUCUGUAUCCUAAUGGACCACAUUAUAACACAGGGACUGUUCAUCAUCAUACAGCCCGUAGUCUGGACCGGGCGUUGGAGGAGGCUGUCAGUACAGGUGUAUUGAACCUAAGCGGUAGAAAGCUGCGCGAUUUCCCUGGGAACGGUUACGACCUGACAGAUACGACACAAGCAGAUUUAUCAAAAAACAGAUUUAUGGAAAUUCCUCCAGAGGUUUGUCUGUUUGCGCCCCUCGAAACAUUAAAUUUAUAUCACAAUUGCAUCAAAGCCAUUCCAGAAGCUAUUGUAAAUCUUCAGAUGCUAACAUACCUAAACAUUGUAAGACAAGUAAUACUGACCUUUCAGGUCUUUGAAAACUCUCUCCCAGUGGAAGUUCUAACCAUACAUGUGAAUAAGAUGGUAAGUGCCCCAGAGUUGCUAGGGAUGCUGAGAGGUUUAUUUCAACUUGAUCUCAGCUGCAAUGAACUGCAAGUUCUUCCACAGCAUAUCGGGAAGCUGUAUUCACUUAAAGAAUUAAAUGUGAGAAGAAAUAACUUGCGGGUUAUGCCGGAAGAAUUGGCAGACCUUCCAUUAGUAAAACUGGAUUUUUCUUGUAAUAAAGUUACAGAGAUUCCAAUUUCUUAUAUAAAGUUAAGGUACCUGCAAGUUAUUGUGCUAGAUAAUAAUCCAAUGCAGUCACCUCCUCCACAGGUAUGCUUAAAAGGCAAAGUACACAUAUUUAAAUUUCUAAAUAUUCAAGCAUGCAGAAUGGAUAAAAAACCAGGUUCAUUAGAUCUUCCAACACUGGAUAAAAGGAAUGCAUCACAGCCUUUGACAGAUAGUAUUGAAGAUUUUUAUCCAAAUAAAAGUCAUGGUCCUGACUCUGGAAUUGGCAGUGAUAAUGGUGAUAAAAGGUUAUCUACAACUGAACCAUCAGAUGAUGAUACAAUCAGUCUACACUCUCAGGUAUCGGAAUCAAGAGACCAAGGGCCACUGAAAUCUGAUAGUCACAUACCAGGGUGUAAAUUAGAAUCGCACAAAGAUCAGGAGCCAUAUGACUUCAUUGAUAACACUGCAGAAGACACGCCAUUGUCGGAGCAUGGAGAUGCACCUCCUGGGGGACCACUUGUUUCUUAUCUGAAAGAGCGAGGUAAACAGCUGGAGAAAUCUCCAAGAGGAGAGGAAGUUGAAGACUGGGGAGACCAACCAAGUUUCCAACAAAAGAAACAACUUGCGGAGGAAGAGGAAGAUGAGCUGAAGGGUGUGACUGACUUGAGGAAAAUUGCUGCUCAGCUGCUUCAGCAAGAAAAGCAGAAUAGGUUACUUAAUCAUUCCUACUCUGUGAAUUCCAGGGAUAAGACAAAGCAGACAACAGGAUCUGACAGAAGUGGCUCUGCAGAUGAAGUGAAUUCACCACUAUCACCUUAUGAUUCUCAGGACUUCCCUCCAACGUUUGCAGAUGAAGAUGUGCCAGCAAUGAAGUACAAAUCUUCAAGGAAGAGUUCAAGUGGAAAUGAAAAUGAGCAAAAUGAUGAUUCUUCAUGCAUUUCACCACAAUCUCCAGUGUUCCCAGAGGACGGUGACAGGAUGUCUGAUGCUUCAUCCCUUGCACCCUUCGGCUUAAAACCUCGUUCAGCUUUUUCAAGGCAACAUCGUCAGGACUAUGGGUCAUUAGAUCCUGGAUUUACAAUGAGGAGAAAGAUGGAACAUUUAAGGGAAGAAAUGGAACAGAUGCAACAGCUUCGUUGUAACAUUGAAUCAAGACUAAAAGUAGACUUACCGGAAGAUAUUGGAGGAGCUUUAAUGGAUGGAGUAGUCCUUUGCCAUUUAGCCAAUCAUAUUCGGCCUCGUUCUGUGUCCAGUAUACAUGUCCCAUCACCAGCAGUGCCUAAGUUAAGCAUGGCAAAAUGCCGAAGAAAUGUAGAAAAUUUUUUAGAAGCUUGUAAAAAAUUGGGAGUUCCACAGGAAAAGUUGUGUUUGCCACAUCAUAUAUUAGAAGAAAGAGGUCUGGUGAAAGUUGGUAUCACAGUACAAGCCCUUCUUGAGCUGCCUGCAUCCAAGACAUCUCAGCUAUCUGCUGUGUAACAGAAUUCUGAUGCUAGAAGUUGAGUCUUCAGCCUUUUCCCACCACUGCGUCUCAAGUAACGUUAUGCUCCUUGUUUUGUUUAUCUGAGGAUCACCUGACCUUCCUGGAGAAGAUGCUUUAAAUGGAGCCUUAUUCUGGAGUCUCAGCUGUGGCAUGUUAUUUACAUAUGACCUGAUAACUGUAUUUUUUUCCAGUGUCCCAGAUAUUUAUUUUAUCUGACAUUAUUCUGGGGCACACAGUGUUAAUGGACAUGCAUUUAUUUAUUUAUUUUGCAGCAGCUGUUACCAGCAGGAAAUGCUGACUAACAGUGAGAUACACCUGUGGUGAGCACUGUAAGUAUGGUUACCUUUGCCACAACAUUCUUUCAAAAAGGAGAUCUAAUCAGACAGCAGAAGAACUUGCACACAACCCUGGUAAAGUAUUCUGAGAAUCUCUUGAAAGUGAGUGUAAUGGAUCAGAACUGCUUAGUCACUGAACACAUAUUUAUGGAUUCAAUGACAGGCUGAUUAGCUGUAUAAUUAAAAAGAAAAAAAGAGUUCAGUCUGUAUGUUACACUUACAUGAAAUACCAUAUUCUGAAUGAGUCUUUAUUUGCCAAUGUUUCAAAUUUUAAUGCCAUUUUUCCUUUGUUUUACAUGUCAAGUGCCUGUGUAACCAGCAGCUGUCCAAGCAGCUUUUGUACUUCUUUUUUAUGUUGUGGGGGUAUGCUCACCCAUUUUAUGGAUGCAGGACAAAAUCUUUAUACCAAAUCAUCUUUGAUAUAUUCCAUUUUUUUAGAUUCAAUAACUUAAAGGUUCAGUGUACCUCAAGAGAUAUUGUGAAGCUGUUGGUGUUUGAAUUUUUUAGUUGUACAGUAUUUUAAUGUAUUAUGUUGCUCAAAUGAUUUGCAUAU